AUGAAAGACCAAUUUUCGGGCACAAUUUUGCAGAGUGAGGCACUUGCCAAGUACAUAUUGGAAACAAGCGCCUACCCGAGAGAGCACGAGCAGCUUAAAGAAAUCAGGAAGGCGACCGUGGAGAAAUAUCAAUAUUGGAGCUUGAUGAACGUGACAGCCGAUGAGGGCCAAUUUCUUUCGAUGUUGUUGAAAAUUAUGAAUGCCAAUAAAACAAUUGAAGUUGGAGUUUUCACUGGCUACUCUCUUCUCUCAACUGCUCUUGCUCUUCCUGAUGAUGGCAAAAUUAUUGCGAUUGAUCCGGAUAGAGAAGCAUACGAGACAGGACUACCGUUUAUCCAAAAAGCAAACGUGUCACACAAAAUCCAGUACAUUCAAUCUGAUGCCAUGAAAGUUAUGGAGCAACUCAUCUUCAAGGGAGAGGAAGGGACAUUUGAUUUCGCGUUUGUGGAUGCGGAUAAGGAAAACUACAUCAGCUAUCACGAGAAGCUUAUGAAGCUAGUAAGGAUUGGGGGAAUUAUAGCCUACGACAACACCUUGUGGUCCGGGACAGUGGUGGCUUCCGAGGAUGCCGAGAUGGAGGAGUUUUUGAGGGGGUGUAGGGGACAUAUCAUGGAGUUGAACACAUUCUUGGCUAAAGAUGCUAGGAUUGAAUUAGCUCAACUUUCAAUUGGAGAUGGAGUCACACUUUGCAAGCGUAUCAAAUAG